GAUAGGUUGUUAAUCUGCCUUGGCUUUUGCCUUUAAAAUCUGUUCUCCUAAGUAUUAAAUAAUUUAUGGUUAGGCUCAAUCUUAAGGGUCUUUUCCAAAAUCAGUGAUUCUUAGGUUUCUUUCCCUGACAAACCUUUGAUUCUCCAUAUAGCUUUACCUGCAAGUCCCUUGUCCAAUAGAUUUCAGAGUGUGCCUGAGAAGGUGCUCGUGUAGAGGGUUUUUUGUGUAGAGCCUUUGGGUCCCUAUAGCAAAAUAAGGCAGAUUUAGGCCUAGAGGAGCUGUUGAAAAGCUUGUGUGGCUUAAUCAUUAACACCUUGCAAUGCUAUGGGAGUGUCAGGACAAAGAGACCUCUGGACUCCUGAGCUUUCACAGAAGAAUCCAGCCACUUGCACUGAAACACUCCACUUACCAGAGAGAGGAUUAACUCUCUCAGGUUGGAGGCUUCAGCUGUCCCAGCUCUGGAGGCCUUGCCAGUGCUGUACAAGCCCACCCCACAGCGCAGACUGGCUCAGCCUGGCCACCCUGGGCAGAAUGUCCCUACGAGAGCACGCACUGUCCCUCUUCCGCAGCGCGGUGGGCACCGUCCGCCCGGCCCCGAUGAUGAAGAGGGCUCUGAAACUCCAGGGGGAUAGGUGCCCUCAGCUGCUGGUGAAGGGCCAGGCCUUUCCAGUGAAGAGGGACCUGUACCUGGUGGGUUUUGGAAAAGCUGUGCUGGGGAUGGCUGCAGCAGCAGAAGAGAUCCUGGGAGACCACCUCGUCCGUGGUGUCAUCAGUGUGCCACUCGGCAUCCAGGAGAGCCUGCAGCGAGCAGGAAUGCAGGAGAUGCUGCUGAAGCCACACAGCAAAAUCCAGGUCAUCGAGGGUGCCAAGAACAACCUCCCAGAUGCAGAGGCUCUGAAGGGAGCUGUUGCCAUACAGCAGCUGGCUGAGGGUCUGACUGCAGAUGACCUGCUCCUCGUGCUUAUCUCAGGGGGUGGAUCAGCCCUGCUGCCUGCUCCCAUCCCUCCCAUCCUCCUCGAAGAGAAGGAGAAACUCACAAAGAUGCUGGCUUCCCGAGGAGCUGCCAUACAGGAGCUGAACAUUGUCCGGAAGACUCUGUCCGUGCUGAAGGGAGGAGGGCUGGCCCAGCUCGCAUAUCCUGCACAGGUGGUGAGUCUCAUCCUGUCUGAUGUGAUUGGUGAUCCCCUGGAUAUCAUAGCAAGUGGGCCCACUGCUGCCAGCUCCCACAGUGUCCAAGAUUGCCUUCAGGUACUUGCCAAAUACAACCUGCUGCACAACCUCCCCAAGUCAGUGGAAACGGUCCUCUCCAGCUCUCCCACCAAGCCCACCGCUCCAGAAAACUACUCCCAUGUUUCCAACAUCAUCAUUGGGUCAAAUACUCUGGCUUUAGACGAAGCCAAACACCACGCUGAGAGCCUGGGUUACGCAGCUCUGGUUCUGAGUGCAGGAAUCCGUGGGGAGGUCGGCCGUGUCUCCACGCUGUACUGCCAGCUGAUCCGGCUGGUCUGCCUGGGCCUCGCCGGCCGCGCAGAAGAGCCCCUCGGUGAUGAGGUGAGGGGCAAUCUCCUGCAGCUGGCGGCAGAGCUGGAGAUCCCAGGUUUGGACCUUGCCAAGUUUCUACAGGCCCUGCGAGGAUUAGGGCCUGAAAGACCAGUCUGCAUCCUGGCUGGUGGAGAAACCACAGUCCAGCUUCAAGGAAGCGGCAAGGGAGGGAGGAACCAGGAGCUGGCCCUGCGCGUGGGGCUGGGGCUGCACAGGGCACAGGCCAUGGAAGGCAGCAGCCCCCAAGGGAGGUGUGAGAUCAUCUUCUUCAGCGGGGGAACGGAUGGGCAGGAUGGGCCGACGGAGGCGGCAGGAGCCUUCUGCAGCUCAGGGCUAGUGGCUGAGGCGCUUCAGGAGGGCCUGGACGUGGAGGCUUUUCUCAGGAACAACGACUCCUACACCUUCUUCAGCCAGUUCCAAGGUGGGCAUCACCUCCUGGUGACAGGCUUGACAGGCACCAAUGUCAUGGACAUCCAGGCCAUUUUAAUUAGAGCUUUGGAGAGAUCAUGAGAGCUCCCUCUGCAGAUAUCCAGAUGCACUUAAUUAGAACCAGGAGUAAAUGAAAGCAUCAAUACUGCAGACAAAUGCAAGCUACUUAAAUUAGGACUCACUGUCGAGGGUGGUGGUAUCUUUACAGAAAGAAUCCAAUAAUUAGACACAUGAGUGGAUGUCCACAGCAAAAGCAAGCACUUGUAACUGGGGGGAAUCAGAGAAAGGUAAGAGGUCACAUUGCAGACAAGGAAGCUGGAUUUAACAUGCUUGUGACUUUAAGUGAAGUCGAAGACUUAACAUGCUGCAACUACAGUUAAAAGAUAUGGGGAAGUUGAGGCCAUGGCAGGGCUGCCAGGGAGAACCCUCACUGCACUGUUGCACCUCCAGUGAACCCAGCUCAAGAGCAGCUCAGGAGGGAGCUUUUGCAGAUUCACAGAAGUGCAUUACAAUGACUGAAGGAUGUAAAAGCAGUGACAGCAAGGCCUGCUCACCUGAAGCGUGAACGUGCUGGAGGGAUAUGGUGGGAAUACCCAGCACCCACUCCACACACCAGCACAGUGCCCUGCAGUUCCUCCCACAGCAGUGUAUGAGGCGACACAGAGACCACAAGUCCAGCAUGAUGCAAACCCGGGAGUGUGGCUAAGGAGCACAUUGGCAGAGAUACUGGAUGGGUGACACAGGCAGUGCACAGUGACAUAGAGGGUUCCAUACCUUCACUUAAGGAAGGGGAUGAACGAAGCGCAGUGGCUCCUCCAGCCUCCUUCCCUCCACAGGAACAUCUUCCCUGCUGAUCCCUGAUGGGAGAGCCUCCGUGCCAGCAGCAUGUACGCUAUGAGCUUUCGUGGUGUUGUUUUCCAACUACCUAGAAAACAGUCGUGCAUCCAGCCUGAGCCACUGACCUUUCUUCCGCGCUGAGGCAGAAGUCGCUGUCACUCUGAUUAACUCUGCUAAUUCCACAGAACAAAAGGCAAGGAAACCUUCACGCUCAGCUCUCCUGACCCAUGCUGCUGAGCUGAUCAAAGGGCAAAGCUGCCAGAGCUGUGCUCUGACAGGGAGCUGCUCCCUCACAUGUACAAGGACACGGUGGUUUAUCGUGGUUUUGUCACCUACUGCAGUGCAAAAUGCGGGAGAGCGGAGAUGAGCCGGGUUUCCCAGGAUAUGCAGCCCACAGUGAGGCUGGAUUUCAGAAGGGCUUUGCCUGUAGCAACAGGCACGUUGAUAGUUUUGGCUGGAUAUUCAAAGGACUUCAGCUCAGCAGCCAGUAUGACCCAGCACGUCCGACUUCUUUUGAAUAUCUGGCUGUUUGUUACAGAGCCUAAGUGGGAGCUGAGCUCCUUUGAAAAUCCAGCUAUAAUGUAAUAGGACACGCUUGACUCAGACUCUUUCCAGACAGACCGACCUACUCCGUGUGGCUGAUCUCAUCUCGUGACAUAAACACACUGUUGUGCCAACACUGAGUCGUGGUGUAUCUCACUGAGCAGUCGUUCUGCACCCGCCUGGAUCGGAGAGUGGAUUUUUGAGGAGGAUACAACACCUCCUAUUUUGGUUUUGAAGCCAACAACUAACAAGUAGGGAUAUCAGGAGGACCAUCACGGGGCCCAGUGUUGAUGCCAGGCUGGCAGCUGGACUGUCUGGGCUACAGCCCAGGCACAGUGUAAGGCACAAGCCUGGGGAUUUCAAAACCCUGGUCUUGCCUGGGAUGGUUUAAACCCAUCCACGCAUCUCACUUGUCCUCAGAGUCUGAAAGUCUUCUGUAACAUGCCUGAACUUGCUCACACUGGCAAACAGCUCCAAGAUCUGCUGGGGGAAGUCUGCCAAGCGUUAUAAAGCUCCCUGUGCCCCUGUAAUAUCAGGAGGUGGUUGUGCAGGAGAAGCUGCUUUGUGCCGUGUGCUUUUCUCCGGAGGUCGCUGGCAGGUCGCCUGCUCCAUGCCCAGCAGGCCAGCUCCACAGGGGCACCCACGCACGGAGAUACAGCCACAAGUAUGGGCUGCAGCCAGGAUAACUGGCUAAAGCUGGCUCCACAGUGCUAGGAAUGCUUCCUGGCCAGUUCUGCUCUAGUGGAAUGCAGAGUGACUCCGGUUUCAGGCUGGGGUGCCUGGCAGAAGGGUCACUGGCACCUUCAGCAUCAGGUCCAGUGUGCAACAGGCCCACAAUAACCCCCUGCCCACAGGUCUGCCACACUGCUGAGCACCACGCUGGCCCUUAGAGCUGCAGCCAAGUUCAGAAGACCUUGGGCUAGUGCUGGCUGGCUUCUCCCAGGAAAUGCCUACCCCAGAUACCCUGAGCAGUGUCCUUGUUUUCUGAAUGGUGGCUUUUCACUAGCAAUUAAAGAAUGUGUGUUGGAGAGGAGAAAAGGCUAAUAAAAGAUUUGUUGAAAGGA